GGGCCUUUUUAUAGAACAGCCAAGCUAGUCUUGCUUUUCAUUCACUUCAAUACAUUCUCUUAUACUAUUAACGACGUUUACGCUGUCGAUAUUUACUCGAUUUACUCGAAACGAAACGGAGACGAAGACGAUAAAAAAUUACAAAACCGACUCUAAUCAGACAAGAUGCCUUCCAUCAUGAAGACUACAGGUGUUGUUGUAGCGGGAUUGGCGGCCGUUGCUAGCGCUCUACCAGCUCAUCCCAAGUUAACCGCGAGACAAAGCCACAUCUACAACCUUUCCAAGCGCCAAAACGCCGCUGCCGCUGCUCUUGGCUUGCAAGAUGUCGACAUUCUGCAAUUCGCCUUGACCUUGGAAUGGCUUGAGGCUUCCUUCUACCAACAAGGAUUUGCUCAGUUUGGCGACGACCAAUUCACUGCUCUUGGCUUGAACGAGAUCCAACUUGCCGAUCUUAAGGGUAUCGGCUCCAGUGAACAGUCCCACGUCGGUCUCCUACAAAGUGCCAUUGCUCAGGCCGGCGUUCAGCCCGUCCAGCCCUGCCAGUACAACUUCGGGUUUACUGACGCGGCGGGCAUGGUUGCCACCGCUUCCAUUCUCGAGAGCGUUGGUAUUUCCGCUUACCUCGGUGCCGCACCUCUUGUCUCGGACAGCAAGAUCCUCAGCACUGCUGCCUCUAUCCUAACCAUUGAAGCCCGACACCAGUCCUUCAUCCGCAUUGCUUCGGGAGUCGCUGCCUCCCCCUCUCCCUUCGACACUCCCCUAGGGCCCAAGGCAGUCUUCUCCCUUGCUGCCCCCUUCAUUCAGUCGUGCCCCGGUGGAUCUAACCUGAUCCUCACCGCUUUCCCGACCUUGACCAUGAGCAGCCCCGCACCGGUUGCUGGCGUCAUGGCUCUCGCACAAGGCACCAUGCUCAACUUCCAGAGCGACGCCGCCUCCGGCGCCAAGUUCUGUGGUUUCACCAACUCCGCUGCUCCCGGUGGCACUGCCUUCUCCCCCUUCGACGCCGCUCAAGGUUGCGCUCUACCCCCCAACCUAGCUGGUACCGUCUACGUCACUCUCACCAGCGCCGGUCCCGCCGACGGUGUCUUGACGGAUGACAUCACGCUCGCUGGCCCCAUGGUCAUGAACUUGAGCUAAACAUCUUGUCUCAUGCCAACAAUAACGUCAACAUAGGAGGAAGAAGCAAGCAAGC